CAGCAACACAAGCCCUCAUGGACCGACCGAUGCGUGACUGUGCGAUAGCUUUGGCUGUACUGCUGUGUGUGGCUACGCAGGUGUUGUGCCAGCUGUGUGACACUCCCUGCCUUUGCCCCAGUUCUGUCCCCCAGUGCCCCACAGGAGUCCCAGUGGUGCUGGAUGGCUGCCGGUGCUGCCAGGUGUGUGCCCGGCAGCGAGGCGAGCCCUGCACGGAGAUGUUUCCCUGCGACAGCCAGAGAGGACUACAGUGCGACCACAGCGCCAGCUUCCACGGAGACCCUGGGGAGUGUGUCAGUCAGGAGGAUCUGCGCUGUGAAGUCAACGGCAUCACAUACCAUGAGGGCCAGUCGUUUCAGCCCUCAUGUGACACUUACUGCCACUGCAGAGGUGGAGGGGUCAGCUGUGUGCCAGCUUGUCCUCUGAAUGUCCGUCUUCCCACUCCGGAUUGUCCCAACCCACAACAUAUCCGGCUGCCGGGAAAAUGCUGCAAGGAAUGGGUGUGUGAAAACCUAGAGAACACAGUCAUUCAGGAUGCCAUCACAGCCAUGAGACCCGGCAGGUUGUGGCCAGCUCUCCCGAUGGAUCACCCUCUAAGUAAACUGGUCCCACCUGCCUCCACCUGUAUAGAGCAGAGCACCAAGUGGAGCGCCUGUUCCCAGAGCUGUGGGACUGGGGUCUCCACACGUGUCUCUAACCAGAACCCAGCCUGCAAGCUGCAAAUGGAAAUGCGACUUUGUAAAGUGCGGCCUUGCCGUACAUUUCAGCACGUCUCAAGGGAACCCUGGUGGGGACGACAGGGACGAUGCAAGGCCAGCUACACGUCACCAGGUCCCAUUCGGCUCGUUUACCAGGGCUGCUACAGCACCCGUGCCUACCAGCUCCGGUACUGCGGACAGUGCACCCACACCCGCUGCUGCACGCCUUAUCAGACCACCACGGCUGAGGUGACCUUCCGCUGCCCCACCGGCAGACUGCUACAGAGAGCUGUGAUGGUGAUCCACUCCUGUGUUUGUCACAACAACUGCCCCUACUCACCUUACAGUAACCCUGCUCUGUGGGGAUACAGGCCCUGAUACAACAGCUGAUUCAUUCAGACUUCACCGACUGAUUCAAAUUGC